AGGAAGUUGACUUUGACAGCUGGUUGUUGUUGACUUUCGUUUUUGGACUGUCACAUGAAAAAGUAACAGAGUAUUUGCGUGUUUUACAGGCGCUAGACUUGUUCUCUCAUUGUCAUGGAACUGUGCAGGAUUGUUAGCCUUUUUACUGUUGUGUUAUGUUUGAAUGUUUCAUUCAAAAAAUCUCUGUCAACACCAGUUAAUGGAUAUUCGAUCUCUAGGAAAUUGCUAAAAGAUGACUACAUGCAAAGAAGACAACAAAUUCUGACAGAAGAGCAAGAUCAAAGACUUGGAGGGGAAGUAGUUUUAAGCAAAGAUGAACAGACUGUGAAUGAAAGACUGCUUAAAAUCAAACAAACUGAAAUAGACGAUGCCCACUAUCAAGGAAAGCCAUUUGGUCCUCAGAUUAACUUCUUGAAAUCCAAGUCGUUUUAUGAGCAAAGUUCGGUUUUCAAGCUGAUACAGACAAUGCCUAAAGGUGGGGCAUUGCACGUGCAUGAUUGUUCUAUCGCUGACAUCCAGUGGCUGGUAAAGAAUGUCACGUACAGGGAUAACUGUUACAUGUGUUAUGAUUCCAAAAACGAAAUAUCUUUCCAGUUCUUCAAAACGCCUCCUCUUAACCCAGACUGCCCGUGGAAACUGGUCAGCCAUUUCCGAAAGGACUCUGGAGAUGUGACUAAAUUUGAUGAUCUUUUGGUAAAGACAAUGAUUCUGACAGACGAAUAUGCGAAUCUAGACAUUAAUACAGUGUGGACAAGAUUCGAGCUGAUCCUGACACGUGCCAAUGGCCUAAUCAACUACAAGCCGGUAUUUGGCGACUAUUUCUACGAGGCCCUGCGCGAAUUCCAUUCAGAUAACGUCCAGUAUGUCGAAGUCAGGGCCCUUCUUCCAGAGGUGUACGAGCUUGAUGGUACCACACUUAAGACAGCGGAAGUAAUGGAGAUUUAUAAGGAUAUGACUGAGAAAUUUCUAGCGGAUAACAUCAACUUCACUGGCGCGAAAAUCAUUAAAACAAAUCUUAGAUUUAAAUCGGCAUCCGACAUUCUUGCCGACGUUAAAGAUUCUAUUCAGUUGCUACAAGAGUUUCCGGAUCAUUUUGCUGGGUAUGAUCUGGUAGGUCAGGAAGACCCGGGGAAACCACUGAUAGAUUAUUUAGAUGCAUUGAGAUAUCCCUCGCAACAAAAACCACCCAUUACGUUGCCGUACUUCUUCCACGCUGGGGAAACUGACUGGCAGGGUACACGAGUAGACGAUAAUUUGAUAGAUGCGGUAUUGUUGAACACCACAAGGAUAGGCCAUGGAUAUGCACUGCCGAAACACCCACAAGUUAUGAAGAUAGUAAAACAACAAGAUAUUGCUAUUGAAGUUAACCCAAUAUCUAACCAAGUUUUAAAACUUGUGGAUGACAUGCAGAAUCACCCGGCGUCCGUUCUUCUAGCCGAUGGGUUGCCAGUUGUGAUAAGCUCUGAUGAUCCGGCAGUAUGGGGUGCACAGGGACUGUCUUACGACUUCUACGCCGCGUUUAUGGCAUUGUCAGGCAGGGACGAUGGUCUUGAAGUUCUUAAACAACUGUCCAUGAACUCUUUGAUAUACAGUGCCAUGGAAGAGAAGAAAAAAGUCCAGGCAUUAAAAGAUUGGCAGGUGAAAUGGAAAACAUUCAUAGACAAAACAGUUCGAAACUUGGAAUCCAUCUUGAUAGGAUAAAUUGCUAUCCAUGGUUAAUGAGUUAAUAGCACCUGCAAUAUACGUCAAAUUAUGAAAUAAAUGUAUUUGCUAAGGACAAUCAGUAACUGUGCGGUACCUUUGCAUGGUAUAAUCCCAGCCCGCAAACCAGUACUCUAGUCGGCCUUGGAGCGAUAUCAUUUGUUUGUUUUGCCAGUAAUAAGCAAGACUAAUUUCGAUGCUCUGGACACCCGAUUUCUUUUCCUGCCACUAAUCUGUCUCUGUCCGCUAUGGGCAUGCGCACUAGGAUUGUUUUGUCCAUAGUAAAAUAUAUAUGGAAGAAAGUCGCUACAGCCACAGACAUGUGCACGAGAUUUAAGGUGCUUUAAUACUUUUUGUUUUACAUGUAAGAAAUACCAAGUUACAGAUGUAUGAGAUAUUUUAUUAUUUAUGACAACUUUAAUUGUACAUGUAUGUUAAGCUUGAUAAAUAGUUUGUGCUUUUUUACCCUCACUACCUACUCCAGAGCAAGAACUUCGUGUUAUUUAUAAUCUAUAUUUUGUUUUAUUAUAAUAUAUUUGUGUCUCAUUGAGAAACGCAGUAUUUUCACGUGUAUAAUUUUAUAUUAACUAUCGUUUAUUUAAGUUUGAAAACCUCACUGGACUAACUGUGUUUACUUUAGCAUAUAUACAAUCAAACAGCGAACAUGCAAUGUGAUAUAUUGUUUAUAGAUCUAUUUAUCUUUGAUAAUGCACUGGAAUUGUAUACAUCUUACUGUACUUAGUACAUUGUAAUAUAAAUCAUGUCUCAUUUUACAGAGGUACAGAGAACACGGUGUUACUGAUAUAAAAUGUUGUGUGUUAACGUAUUUUAUUUAAGAAAUAAUUUAUAGCCAAACCGUGUUUUAACACUAUUUGUACACGAUGGGCGGUUAUACGUCGGGCGUAAUAAUCUCUUAAUGCUUGCGGAAUAGUUCCAUCAGAGAAUUAUUCUGCUGAGCGAAUAACCAACCCAGUGUGUGUGAAUUAAUCAAGACAGUUUUGCUGUGUUAAAUUUCGUUUUAAACAUGUUUUCAGUAAACUAUUACGUCGACAUGACGUCAACAUAAUAUCAUUGUGAUGAUUAAAACUUAUUCGCUGUAGAUUUUAUUUUAAAUUUUGCUUUCAUUUUUACCUAUAUCUUUUAUGUAAUCAGAUCCUGCAAUUUUGUUGACUGCCAUUAUUGUUAAAUUAAGUCACGUUCUUAGAUUGCGAAACAGCGGAAGUGAUAAUAGAUGCACGUAAAUAAUAUAUAUUAUACGAUAAAUUUUCAGCUCACAAGGGGAAUAUUCAACAUUUGACAAUGUAUAUUUUUAGAAAGAAUUUAAUGAUACUAUAACCUGGCAAAAAAUAUGAAAAUCGGACUUCAAACAAAAAAGAUACGGCAAUUUAAAUAACGGCAGACAUUUUGUGCGCAAUUACGUCAUCGUUAUUUCCUUAUAUGGGCAUUACCAAAUAUGGCAAAAUUGUGUUAAAUACAAUGGAAGCUAAAAUUUAAGUUAUACACUUUAACACACACACUAAGGUUCAUAUUAUAUUAUGGCCGACAAAAAUUAAUAUGUUUCUCUUAGUUGUUACUGAUUUUCCGUAUAUGGUAAUGCCCAUAUAAGGAAAGAAUGAUGAUGUCACUGCGCCAAAAAUCACUGCCAUUUGAGUUCAUAGAUGGUAUUCAAAUGGCUAUAUCUUUUUUGUUUGUAGUCCGAUUUUGAUACUUUAUUCGUUAGUGUUAAUGGUUCACCUAAUUCUUUAUACUAAGAAAUGUUGCCAAAUGUUGCAUAUUCCCCUUUAAAUCUAGUCAUGAUUGCGAAAUAGCAAUAAUGAUGAAGGGUACUUGUGAAUUAAUAUCAUACCAAAUUGUUCAUUUUAUUGCCAGUAUUGUUAAAUAACUAGUAUGUUCAUAUAUUGUGAAACCGAAAUAAGGACAAAGGCUACUCGUCUUUUAAUACCUUACCUCAAUUUUUCAUUUACGUCAUGUAAUGUUAUAAUAAUUUUAAUAUAUACAUGGACAGUAUUGUAUGAGUAAAAUUAUUUACGUACAUGUCAGUACUAGACAUGUAGAAGUGUGCACAUGUUCUAUAUAUACUUUUGUAUCUUUUGUUGUGAAACAUACACAAGAUUUGUUUUAACUUACAUUUUUAAACAAUGUGUCUCAAGUUUAGCUUUAAUUAAUAUUAACGUAGAGCGUUUUUUUUUAUGAGACAGGGUGAGUAUUGAUUUAAAGAAAACUAUCAUAUUCGUCUACUGUUUGAUCAACCUAAUUUCGUGAUUCAGAAAUGCGUUUUUGUUUUUUUUU